UAAUUAAUUAAAUUAGCCGCGUCCGACGUCGAUCAUCGGGACGGACCCGCCGGACCCGCCUUUUUUUUUCACGACCACCAUCUGCUGCGAUCGCGACCAGCAAUAGGCCACCGUCGUCCAAAGUGAGGAUACUCGCUUACCCCUCCAAUAGAUAUGCUUAUCGUUUCUUGUAGAAUGCUCGUCCUCUUUGGAUCCUCUUCUAUUUCUGUUCAGAAGAGGGAUAUUUUGCUCCGUGCAAUCCAGGCAAUAGUUCCUACCAUCGUCUCUGUCGAUGCCGUGUGGUUGCAUAUCGUCAAAUGUCGCUCCAAGUCGGCCGAGUCUGAACUAUCGGAUCUUCAAUCUCCGUCGAGAAAGAACCUGGAUCACCUCUUGACCUAUGGCGAUAAUAUCCAAUUAGCCGGCACAGAUUUCACUUCCCACAAUGUAGUCUACGUGCUUCCACGGAUGGGGUCUAUCUCACCGUGGUCAAGCAAGGCGACCGACAUUUCCGUCAUUUGCGAUUUGGGUGACAGUGUGGAAAGGCUGGAACGGGGCGUUGCAUAUGCCUUCGGGACGGUUGGAGGCAAGGCCAUUUCUGAAGAUGAAGUCGAAGCAAUUGCCCAUUUGCUCCAUGACCGUAUGACGCAGGCUGUCUAUCAGCACCUUCCUUCUGAAGACGCCAUAUUCUCGCACAACGAGCCUAAACUCCUCCGCACCGUCGACCUGUCUGGUCCAUCUCCCAAGGACAUCUUCAUCCAGGCAAAUAAAGAUUUGGGUCUCGCGUUAUCUCCAGAUGAGAUUGACUACCUGCUGGACGCAUACACCUCUAUUAACCGCAGUCCCACGGAUGCCGAGCUAUUCAUGUUCGCCCAGGUCAACUCUGAACAUUGCCGCCAUAAAAUAUUUAAUGCGUCGUGGACUAUCGAUGGUGUCCCUCAGCCGUAUUCCCUCUUCCAGAUGAUCCGCAAUACCGAGAAAUUAUCUAACAAGGGCACGUUAUCGGCUUAUUCGGACAAUGCUGCCGUUUUAGAGGGUCAUCUUGCUCCGCGGUUCUCCCCUCACAAGGGUUUAUACACUUCUCAACAGGAAGACAUGCAUAUUCUGGUCAAAGUGGAGACGCACAAUCACCCUACUGCUGUUUCUCCAUAUCCCGGCGCUGCUACCGGUUCUGGAGGUGAGAUCCGAGAUGAGGGCGCAGUCGGUCGUGGAUCGAAACCGAAAGCUGGCAUGGCCGGUUUUACGGUUUCCAAUCUUCUCAUCCCAGGUUUUGAGCAGCCUUGGGAAACGGAUGUUGGGCGUCCAGGGCAUAUUUCCUCCGCUCUGGAUAUCAUGAUUGAUGCUCCCCUUGGUGCCAGUGCCUUCAACAACGAGUUUGGUCGCCCAGCGCUGGCGGGAUACUUCCGUACAUUUUGUGAACGAGUUGGUGGAGAAGUGAGGGGCUAUCAUAAGCCGAUCAUGAUUGCUGGUGGCUACGGCAAUGUUCGACCUCAGAACGUGUACAAGGGAAAGAUUAGCGAGGGCGCGAAGAUUGUGGUUCUCGGUGGUCCUGGACUGUUGAUAGGUCUUGGUGGAGGUGCAGCAUCAAGUCAGAUAUCGGGAGCGAGCUCAGCUGAAUUAGACUUUGCGAGUGUGCAGAGGGACAAUGCUGAGAUGCAGAGACGGUGCCAACAGGUCAUUGAUGCUUGCGCUGGUGCGGCAGGUGGACUGUCGAAUGCCUUACCCGAACUUGUUCACGAUUCUGGUCUGGGUGCCGUCUUUGAGAUUCGGGAUGUCCCAGUGGCGGAUGCGUCGAUGAGUCCUAUGGAGAUUUGGUGCAAUGAAAGCCAAGAGCGAUAUGUUCUUGCGGUCUCCGCCGAUAAGAUCAAUGAUUUUGAGGACAUUGUGAAGAGGGAACGGUGUCCUUUCGGUGUAGUCGGUGUUGCUACCAAGGAGGACGAGCUGGUGGUAACAGAUCGACUGUUUGGAAACGAUGUCAUCCGCCUCAAGAUGUCGACGCUCUUUGGGAAGCCACCCAAGAUGUCGCGGACAGACACUUCCAGACGAAGUGACUUGCAUGCCUUCGACACUACGCUAUCCAAAUAUGUCACCCCGCAAGUGGAUAUCCUUUCUGAGGCCGUAGACCGUGUCUUGCAUCUCCCAUCUGUGGCCUCCAAGUCCUUCCUUAUCACCAUUGGUGAUCGUUCCAUCACGGGCCUCGUCACCCGCGACCAGAUGGUUGGUCCUUACCAGGUGCCCGUCGCGGAUGUCGCAGUUACGCGUACAUCCUUCGGCUUCGAUGUCCUUAGUGGAGAAGCCAUGGCCAUCGGUGAGCGGACUCCGCUUGCAAUUCUUCGGCCGGCUGCGUCUGCGCGUAUAGCGAUUGCUGAAGCGUUGACAAAUCUCAGCGCAGCAUACGUCGGGGAUAUCGGGCGGGUCAAGCUCAGUGCGAAUUGGAUGUGUGCUGCGGGGAAAGACGGCGAGGGCGCUGGUUUGUACGAGGCCGUGAAAGCUGUGGGUCUGGAAUUGUGCCCACAGUUGGGGGUUGGCGUUCCUGUUGGUAAAGACUCGAUGUCAAUGGGUAUGAGGUGGAAGCAGGAAGGAGAAGAGCGGGAAGUUACGGCGCCGUUGUCGUUGAUUGUUACAGCAUUCGCUCCUGUUGUCAAUGUGGAGUUAACCUGGACGCCUCAGCUACAAGCAGUAGAGGAUACGGUGCUGGUUUUGUUCGACCUUGCCAAGGGGGAGCGGAGGAUGGGUGGAUCUGCCCUUGCCCAAGUCUUCAAAGAAGUUGGAGACGACGCACCAGAUGUCAAUGAUGCCGCCCUCUUCAAAGCCUUCCUCUUGGGUCGUCAAGCAAUCAAGGUGGAUGGUCCUAGACAUUGUAUUGGCUUAUCACUGACCGUUCAGACUGGUGGCCUCUUUACUACUAUUGUGGAGAUGGCAUUUGCUGGACAUGUCGGAGUGGACAUCACUCUGACAGAUGAGGACGCCGCUGACGCAUUAUCUGCCUUGUUCAACGAGGAGCUGGGGGCUGUUGUGCAGGUGAGACGGUGUGACGUGGAGAAACUUCACAAGGCAUUUAGCGAUACAGGAUUCCCGCAGCAGUAUAUCCAUACUGUGGGCGUACUCAACGCUGAUCAGACUGUCCGGGUAAAGCGCGGACCCGAAACGCUCUUCGCCAGUCCAAGAAGUGUAUUGCAGAAGAAAUGGUCGGAGACGUCUUUCAAAAUGCAGGAGCUGCGCGACAAUCCGUUCGCAGCAAAGGAGGAGUUCGAUCUUAUUGAUGACAACUCGUACAAUGGGAUAACCUAUGAUCUUACAUUCUCUUACACUCCGACGCCGACCUAUAACUCCCGUCCCAAGGUCGCCAUUCUUCGGGAACAGGGUGUCAAUGGUCAGAUAGAGCUGGCGUGGGCAUUCACUGCGGCAGGGUUUGACGCCGUCGACGUACAUAUGUCUGAUAUUCUGAGCGGGGCUGUCAGUCUCGAUUCAUUUCGGGGUGUUGCUGCGGCAGGGGGAUUUUCAUACGGAGACGUCCUUGGUGCUGGGAAAGGGUGGGCACACUCUGUCCUCCUGCAUUCCACUGCAAGGAGACAAUUUUCCUCAUUCUUCAGCCGAAGCGACACAUUUACGCUCGCUAUAUGCAACGGUUGCCAGUUCCUCAGUCAUCUUCGCUCUAUAAUUCCCGGGGCUCAAGACUGGCCAGAUUUCAAGCCUAACCGGAGUGAACGAUUUGAGGGGCGGACGGUCACAGUGGAAAUCGUUUCGAACGAGUGCACAGCGUCAUCCGUAUUCUUGAGAGAGAUGCAAGGUUCCAAACUUUCAGUCGCCGUAGCUCACGGAGAAGGACGGGCGGCGUUCAGUUCCGAUGAACAGAGGAAGGCCGUAGAAGAGGAAGGUCUAGUCGCAGUGCGGUAUGUCGAUUCACAGGGCGUUCCGACUGAGAAGUAUCCUUUGAAUCCGAAUGGUAGCCCUGGGGGUAUUACUGGAGUCCAGACUCCGGAUGGGAGAGUUCUUGCGCUUAUGCCGCAUCCCGAGAGAGUGGUAGCUUUGGAAAGUAACAGCUGGUAUCCAGCUUCGUUCAGGAAGGAGUGGCGUGGGAGCGGGCCUUGGUUUAGAUUGUUCCAAAGUGCCCGUAAGUGGUGCGAAGAAGUUUAA